UUGGAAGAGCUCGAUGCAGGCAUAGCGCUGGUUUGGAACUUAUUAAGGGACCUCCUGGUACUGGGAAGACCAAAACUGUAAGCACAUUGUUAGUUUCCCUUUUGAAAAUGAAAUGCAGGACACUGACUUGUACACCAACAAAUGUUGCAAUAAAAGAAGUAGCUUCGAGGGUUGUCAAGCUUUGGAAAUCAGAAUCGUCUGCAACCCAGAAAAACGCUCCUGCUGGUUUAGGGGAUAUUUUGUUGCUUGGGAAUGAAGAUAGACUAAAGCUUGAUUCAGAAGUUCGAGAGAUAUACCUGGGUUAUCGCGUUAAAGAGCUUUGGAAGUGCUUUGCACCUCUCUCUGGAUGGCAGUACCGCCUCAGUUCCACCAUCGACUUUCUUCAACGCUGUGUUAUCCAGUUUUAUGUCCAUCAGGAAAACGAAAGGAAGAAUGAGCGAAAUAAGAAUCAAGAUAGCAAAGUCGAGGAGCGAAAAGGAACAAGCGAAACGGGUUGGAAGGGAAUGAAGUGCCAAUCAUUUCUGCAGUAUGCAAGAGAUAGAUUUAAGCCCACGGUGUUGCCAUUCCAGAAUUGCAUGAUAACGCUGUGUAAUCAUGUUCCCGAAAGCUUCAUGGGGAGAGAGCUUGUUGAAAAGAUUGAAUGUGUUAUCGAUUUACUCAAAUCAUUCAGAAGCUUGUUAUUCUGUGAUAAAGUACGUUCCAAUGAGCUGAGGAAGCUUUUUCAUCGUCCAAAUUUGAUAGAGGAUUCUUCCAACUUGUUUACUCCUGCAUCCAAAGAGCUGUGUCGUAUAAGAACUCGGUGUAUAUCUGCUUUGAAAGAUCUAAGUAAAAGUCUUAGGGGAGUUAAGUUUCCAGUUUUCAGGAACAAGUAUGAAAUCAAAAACUUCUGCUUUAAAUCAGCUUCCCUCAUUCUCUGCACAGCAGCUACUUCAUACAAGCUGCAUUCAGUGAAGAUGAAGGAGCCACUGGAGGUUUUGGUGAUUGAUGAAGCUGCACAACUGAAAGAAUGUGAAUCAGCAAUACCUCUGCAACUUCCCGGAGUUAGGCAUGCCAUUCUGAUAGGAGAUGAGUGCCAACUACCAGCUAUGGUUCAAAGCAAGGUAUGCUGGAUUGUGGUAUUACUCUUUUGAGUUUGAAAGAAAUUUCCAAAAACUGCAUACCAAAUUUAAUUUUUCUUCCCACAGGCUUGCACUAAAGCUGAGUUUGGAAGAAGCCUGUUUGAAAGGUUAACUUUGUUAGGGCAUCCUGUGCACCUCCUGAAUAUUCAAUACAGGAUGCAUCCAUCAAUAAGCUGUUUCCCCAAUUCAAUCUUCUACUCUGGUAAGAUUCAAGAUGGAGAUAAUGUGAAGAGUCCAAUUUAUGAAAAAAAGGGGUAUCUUCCUGGUCCAAUGUUUGGUCCCUAUUCAUUUAUGAAUGUAAAUGGUGGGAGGGAAGAAUUGGAUGAUGUUGGGCGUAGCAGGAGAAAUAUGACCGAGGUGGACAUUACACUGAAAUUGGUAAAGAAUCUUUACAAAGGUAUAGUAUCCAAAUACUGCAAAGAUUUCUAGUGAAUCUUGAAUCAGUACUUCUCAAUGUCAAAGAUAGAUUUCAUAGUUACUGCACAAUUUCUCUGAUAUACAUUCAUGCAGAAUGGAAUGGGUCAAAUGAAGAUAAGCUCUCCAUUGGUGUGAUAUCUCCAUAUACGGCUCAAGUGAUUGCAAUUAAGAAGAAACUAGGUGAUAGAUACGAAGGGAUAGAUGGUUUCUCAGUGAAAGUCAAGUCGGUAGAUGGUUUCCAAGGCGGUGAGGAAGACAUCAUAAUCAUAUCAACUGUGAGAUCUAAUGAAAGCGGAGCGAUUGGUUUUCUCUCCAAUGCUCAAAGGGCCAAUGUCGCACUGACAAGGGCAAGGUGAUUUACUGUUAUUGGACAUGAAAUCAUGAAGACACUGAUGAAAAAUGGUCACAAGCUGCUUCUUUCUACUUCUUGGUUUCUCAUUGUUUGUGGUUGUGGAUUUCAUUUGCAUUAUGCAGAUACUGCAUGUGGAUUUUGGGAUGUGGAAGGACCUUGAUGAGCAGUGAAUCUGUUUGGCAAAAACUAGUCUACGACGCAAAAGCUCGCGAAUGUUUCUUCGAAGUUGAUCAACUUGAACUCUUGCUCCCCGGAGAACGAAAUCCCAGACGAAAGGUGAUUUGUUUUCUUCAGUCUGUUAAUCUUUCUCCCUCAGCCUCAAGUUCACAGAGAUUUGAUUAGUUAUUAAGAAUCAAAACUAAAAACCAAAGCUUUCGAUUUCCCCUAAUCAGGUUCAACUGAGUGGUUACUCUAAAGGGUCAUCUGCAAGGCUGACCACUGGCAACAAGAAAUCUGAGAUGAAGCACAAUAGGAGGAGUACUGGGAGUGAUGAGGAUUAUGAGAGAAUUCAAGAGUCAGUAAUAAACAAGGUCUGUAGGCUAGCUACUAUCCUGUUCAAUUCUGGCAACUAAAUUAGUAGCCUUCCUUUUCUACAUGUGAAAUCUUGAUGACGAGAACUUUACUCUUGUUACCUCAGGUAAAGAUGAUGAGCAUUGAGGAGUUAACUAGGCUGGAUUUCGCAAUGUAGCAGCGAAAGUAAAAUGCAAGGGGAAGGCCAUUUCUGGGGAAAGCUUCGACCUUUAAGAGGAGGGUUUUGUUGGGUCGAAUUGAAUUGUUAGGGUUGUUGAUUUGUUCUGUUAGGGUUGUUGAUUUGUUCUGUUUGGAUUGUUGAUUAGAUUUAGCUGACGAAUCAAAGACUUCGAAAAAC